UAUUUUUAAUAGAGAAGAGAAACAGAUAUGUUUCAAGAGAAAUAAAUGAAUGCAGUUAUUUCAGGUAUUCGUCUUAAGGAAUUCUCAAAAUUUCUUGUUUGUUUGUCAAAAAUUGGAGAUGAAUUAUCUAUAGAAGCAAGAAAAAACAAUCUUUUAUUAUCGUCUAUUAACUCUACGAAAUCAGUAUUUGGACUUGUUACGUUUGAUUGUGAGGAAUUUUUUGAAAAAUAUCAAUAUUUUCCAUAUGAACAAUCAUAUGAAAUAACAUCAAAAAAUAGCCAAAGUUUAAAAUGCAGAGUUCAAAUACGGUUUCUUCUUGCUAUAUUUAAGACACGAAACUUAGAAAAUAGAGAAAACAAAAAUGUAUCAGUUCAAAAAUGUGAACUUAGAAUUAUACGUCCAAAUAAUACGGAAAGAGAAUACAGGUUAAUUGUAAGAUUUUUAUGCAAGCACGGUGUAUUAAAAACAUACAAAAUUACAUAUGAACAAUGUCAAACGAUGCACGCACUUUGUAACAAAUCAUUAUGUAAAAAUAGAUGGAAAAUACAUUCUAGAAUACUGAAGGAAUAUUUGGAUCAUUUUUCAGCACGAGCAGAAGAACUUACAUUAAUGUCGCAAAAUGAUAAAUUACUUUUAACAAGUUUUACUGAAGGGCUUGUGUAUGAUAAAGAAAUUCUGAAACAACCAAUACAAACAGCAAUUUUAUUAGAUAAGAGAGACUUUGAAGAGAUCUAUUACGAAAAAGAAACGAUUAUUACAUUUCCUCUUAAGGAAUUUAAGGCGAUUGUUACUCUUGGCGACUCAAUGAAUGUAUUGUUAAAUGCUUAUUUUAAUUUAGGAGGAGAACCUAUUUUAUUUGAAUUUGAAAGAGAAGCAUUAUCUAUUCGAUUUAUCUUUGCAACAACUUCAGAUAAUCCACAAGAAAAUCUUGCACCAUAUAAUUUAAAUAAAUCAUCUAACUCAAAUAACUUGCACAUGCAAUCACAAAUUAAUCAUCAUACAAAUGAUCAUUUUUCUCACAAUGGAACUACUUUAAAUAACGAAAUAAAUGAUAGUGUUAUGGAAGAUCAUGAGGAAAGCAUGCGCGAUAAUGAAAAAUCAGCAAAUUCAAUAUCAAAAAAUAUUCUAAGCAUAAAUGAUGCAUUUAAAAAAGAUGAAAAUACAAGACAUGUCUCUGAAAAUGCUUAUUAUGCAGAAAAAAAGAAAAAUGAUAUAGACGAUACAGAAGAUUCAGAUGAUGAAGUUGGCCCUACACAAAAAGAAACAUGCAUUAAAAGUAUUUUCGACUAAAAUUCUAUCAAUUCAUAAAUUCGGAAAUAUUUAAUAAGAUUAAAA